UUCAUUGCUGCAGGAAACAUGGGAGUUAUUUGCAACCUUGAGUAUGUGAACGUCUUCUCAUUUACGCUUUUUUAACGCUCUCGGGCUUCCGUAGAAAUGUCAGGAAAAAAACGUUAGUGCCCGUUUAUGACACGUCUUUUUAUGCAGGUCAUGAGGUAAAUAAAACCCCAACAAUGACAAUGACGACUUGUGCCGGCUACCGCUCCGUCUUUGAUUUGUGCCCAAAUGAUGAGGCUUUGAUUGGAUUGAGAGAAGUGAACCAGGUCCUGAAGCAAGCUGGAAACACUCACCCAGCCUCCGACGCGUUAGAAGAUAAAUCCCCAGAGGAUGACAGACAGCGGGAGUCCAGCCUGGUUAGAGAGGUGUCAGAGAAGAUGGUCUGCUCAGCCUGCAGAUGCCCCUUUAAUAAUCGUGAGGAACAGAUGGAGCACUACAAGCUCGACUGGCAUCGGUUCAACUUGAGACAAAAGAUGUCAGGGAUGCCACCAGUCACAGCUGAGGAGUUUGAGAGGAAGACUGGAGCUGGAGACAUGUCAAGCAUCUCAGGCUCAGAGUCCGAUUCAGAGGAAGAAGACUCUGAUAGUGACGGUGGGGGGACAAGCAGCAACGUCACCGGCACAGACAACGAGAGCUCAGUUGAAACCAGUUUAAUUAUCGGCCGGCUCUCAAGCAAGGUGGUUUUCCAGAACUCAGCAGGACAGUAUCUAUCAAUCUACCGCUGCAUUCUGCAGGGAAAGUCAGAUGAUGAGCAAGAUGCAGGAUCCUCCCUGAAGGCCAUAAGUAAGAAGACUGUGUGGGUCACUCUCAUGACAGGUGGAGGCCACUUUGCUGGUGCUGUCUUCCAGGGAAAAGAAGUCCUGCAGCAUAAGACUUUCCACCGAUACACAGUGCGAGCGAAGCGAGGCACUGCUCAAGGACUCAGAGACUCUCAGAACCGCAGUCACACACCCAAGUCUGCAGGAGCUACUCUGAGGCGACACAAUGAGGCAGCGCUAGUCAAGGACAUUCAGGAUCUUCUGGUAACCUGGGCUGAACACUUGAAGGAGGCCUCUGCAAUAUUUGUACGAGCCCCUAGCUACAACAAAACCAUCUUUUUUGGUGGCCGUGCAGCUCCACUUGACAAAAAAGAUCCCAGGAUCCAUACGCUUCCCUUUGCCACACGCAGGGCAACGUUUCGAGAGGUACAGAGGGUACAUGAGGUGCUUUCCACCGUCCAUGUUUAUGGGAAAGACACAGACAUGUCUGCAGUCUUCAGUCUAUCUAAGAAGGCCUGGAAAAAAACUGUCAAAACUACAGCGCAAAUAAAUACAGAUCAAGAGAAAGAAGAAAAUCAUGCUAGCUCAGAUGAAGAAGAGGGUGGAGAGAUCCAGCUGGAAAUGGUGGAGAUGACAUUAGGAACUCUGGACCUCAGGGAGUCUGAAAUCUAUCCCUCCAGGCACAGGAGAAGGAGAAGAAAGAAGGAGGAAACCAAAAUGCAAAAUGAGGAAUUGAGUAACACAGUAGCAGACAAUCAAGAAGAGGAGGUGCCAGAGGCUACAGCAGCAGGAGACGCCCCUCAAGAGACGCAAUCAAAGAACAAGAGGAAGAGGAAAGCACAGAAUAAGAAACAACUGGAAGAAAUUGUGGAUGAUUCAUGGGAGUAUGGCCAGAGGGACGCCCUGUUUACAGCCUGUAAGGUUGGGGAUGUGGACGCUCUAUGCAAACUCCUCCAGCUACCAGGAGAAACGGCAGAGAGUCGAGAGCGGUCUGAGAGCAACCCUUCUGAUGUCUUAAGUCCUCUAACUCUCCUCAAUAAGCCCAUAGACUCGUCAGGGUUCACUUUGCUGCAUGUUGCCUCAGCAGCUGCACAAAAAGCAGUCGUCAGGCUGCUCCUGGACGCAGGAGCAGACCCAGCCUGCAGGGACAACAGACGGCAGACCCCGUAUAUUGUCGCCCCUGACAAAGACACGAGGAAUGUCUUUCGUAAAUACAUGGGUGAGAAUCCUGACAAAUAUGACUACAGCAAGGCGCAGGUCCCCGGGCCACUAACGGCAGAGAUUGAAUCCAAACAGACGGAAAAGAAAAAGGCACAAAAGGCAUUGAGAAAACAGCGAGAAAAAGAGCAGAAGGAUGAAAAGAGGAAACAAGAGCUGGAGGCAGAGGAAAAGAAGAGGUUUGCAUCUCUGACUGAUCGUGAAAAGAGAGCUCUGGCAGCAGAGAGGAGGUUAGCGGAGCAAGUAGCUGCAACAGGAGUCAGUCUCUCUAAUGUCAAGAGGUGCUGGUUAUGUGGAGAGUCUCUGCUUGGGAAGAUCCCAUUUCAGUACCUGGAGUAUUCGUUCUGCACCCCUCGCUGUGUCCAAGCACAUCGAAAAGCCAAUACUCUUCCAGGCAAGACCUAACGCCCAUGUGAAGAAUUUUAGUUGGAAGGAAGCUACCUCAUUAAAACUAAAAGUGAAUUUGUGCAGCCUUGAUAGUGGUCUAAUGUGGCUGUGUUUUGCCAAUGUGCUAGUUUAAUUUUCAACUCUAAACAUAGAUUUCAAAUAUAAUUUUAUUAGAGCAGAUGAUCUCAGACAACUGGAUGCAUAUACUGUAUUAAAACACAGUGUAAUAAUUUAUUAAUAAUCAUUUAUUCACUGUAUCUGCAGUUAUAGAAAAGGUAAAAAAGAAUGCAAUAAAAAAACUGUAAUACUA